AUGAUCUUUCUCUCCAUCCUCUUCGCGAUUUUGCCGUAUGUGGCGCAGCUUGCGUCGGCGACGGAGUCGAUGAAGAUCCCCGCCAACAAGAACGAGACUAUGAAUAUAUUUCCCAUCCAGCAGAACGCUCCGGUGCACGAGAUUCAGAAGCGCGCAACUGGACGGGUCAAUUCGGCGUACUAUGUGAAUUGGGCUAUCUACGCCGGACUGGGAAACUUCUAUCCACAGGCGAUCGUGACGAAGGAUCUCACGCAUAUCCUAUAUGGCUUUGCGGACACGAGCGCCAGCACAGGCGCCAUCACCCUCACGGAUGCGUGGGCGGAUGAGCAGAUACAUUUCCCAGGCGACUCCUACAGCGAGCCAGGCAACAACCUCUACGGCUGCCUCAAACAAAUGUACCUCAUCAAGCUCGCCAACCGCAACAUCAAAGUCCUCCUCUCCGUCGGCGGCUACACCUACUCCCAGAACGGCCACUUCGCCUUCGUCACCAACCCCGCCGCACGUACUCAGUUCGUCAACAGCGCCGUACGCCUCGUCGAGGACUAUGGGUUCGACGGGAUUGACAUCGACUUCGAGUAUCCGGCAUCGGCGGAGCAGGGCGCGGGUUUUGCUGCAUUGUUCACGGAGCUGCGAGCAGCGCUGAAUCGGCUGCAGCAGAGCAAGGGGGAUGCGACGCCGUACGAGAUCUCGGCGGCGGUGAGUGCGGGGGCGGAUAACUAUCGGUAUCUGAAUGUGGGGACGAUGAAUGCGGCGCUGACUUAUUGGAACUUGAUGGCGUAUGAUUAUGCCGGCUCGUGGCUGCCGACAGUCGCGAACCAGGCGAACUUGUACCCCGACGGCUACAACAACGUCAGUACGAAGGCGGCGCUUGACUGGUACAGGGCGAACGGCGCGACGGCGUCCAAGAUCGUCCUGGGCUUGCCUCUUUACGGUCGCGCUUUUGAGAACACCGAUGGUCUUGGACAUACGUACAAUGGCGUUGGCCCUGGCACGUCCGAGCUCGGCAUCUACAGCUACAAGACUCUCCCGCUCGCCGGCGCCCGCGUCUACGAAAAUUCGACCUCCGUCGCAUCGUACUCGUACGACUCCAGCAAGCGCGAGUUCGUCUCCUACGAUACCCCCGGCAUCGCCAGAACCAAGGCGCAGUACGUCGCUAACAAUGGGCUUGCGGGCACGAUGUUCUGGGAGCUCGCCUCGGACAAGGUCGGUGCCGACAGUCUCCCGGGGGUUACCCACAGCGUCUUUGGUGCGCUCGAUAGCACACAGAACCAUAUCAACUAUCCGAGCUCCAAGUGGGACAAUGUCCGAAACAACAUGGGUGGUAAGGGUGGCGGCGGUACGCCCCCGCCCCCUCCGCCGGGUGGCAAGUGCUCGGGCGUGGCCGCCUGGAGUGCUUCCGUUGCGUACACGGGCGGACAGACGGCCACGUACAACAAACACCUCUGGACGGCCAAGUGGUGGACUCAGAACGAGGCGCCUGGUAGCUCGUCGGGUGUAUGGGCUGAUAACGGUGCUUGUUAA